AUGCCAUCGAAAAAACGUUGGACAUUAAUUCCAAGAAAAUGGUUUGGUACUAUUACAAAUGCUGCACAAAAACGAGAUAGAGAACAAAAGAUUCAAUUAGAUCAAAUGAAUGUAUCAUCAACAGUUCCACAUCGUUUAUUAUUACGAAGUAAAACAAAAAUUGAACCAAUAUCUUCUUCAACUACUACUAAUGAUAAAAUUAAUCCUCAGAAUACUUUAACAUCUGUUACACCAUUUCAAUUACCAGCAUUUAAUAUACGACGUGGAACAACCUUAACCGUUUUACCAUCAUCAACACUAUUUAAUCGUACAAAUACUGUUGUACCAUCCAUUCGUAAAAAAGUUCAAGUUACUGAGCCACUUUCUAUUUCAACAAUAACACGAACAAAUACUCAAAUAUUACCAUCCUUAUCAUUACAACAAACAUCUUUUCAUAAACAACAAACAGAUAUGUCUGAUGAAUGUUUAAUUGAUUAUCCACAAACUAUUAAAAGAUCUUUAUCUUUAACACGAACACAUUCAUCAUCAUCAUCGAUGGAUAAUAAUGAAUCAAUAUCAAGUGGAAUCUAUUCGGAUGAACGUACAGAUUCAAAUAAUAAUCAUCGUAUACCAUCGAAAGAAACAUUAUUAACGUUAGAAACUUUUUCAACAGAAUCUCUCGCUGAUUCUCAUAUAUCAUUAGAUCAUGGUGAAUCACAUCUACCUAUACAUCAUCGUCGAUUAUCUUUAUCAACAUUAGAAACAACCCAUAAUAAUAAUAAUAAAUCAGUUCAUUUUCAUAAUGUACAAGAAACUCAAAUCAAUAGACCAAACAUAACAAAAAAUCGUCAAUCAUCAGCAGCUAUUAUAAAAAAAAUUGAAAAACGUAUUCCAAUUAAUCGAUCACCACCGACACCAUUAGAAAAAAAAAGUUUUGUACGUAUUGCUAAUGAUACAUAUCGUUUAACAACUAAGAAAGAUGAUCAUUUAUAUCGUCGUCAACGUCCAACUUCUAUAAUACCAUAUUCAAUCUAUGAUGAUUCAUUACCACCAGCUAAUAAUGAAGAUUGUUAUGCCCAAUUACCACGUACAAGUUCAACGGAACAAAUUAAUAAUAAUUUAAAAAAUGAUCUUCGUGCUAUUGUUUCUUCAAUUGAUAAAACAAUGUAUAAUAAUAAUAAUAAUCAAUCAACAAAAACUCAUUAUUAUACAAAACAUUCUCAUAUAAAUCUAGACAAUAUAACUGAUAAAUUAUUAUCAAGUAUGAAUUCUUCAAUCUAUUCACAAUAUCAACGUUGUUAUUAUUAA